GGAGAUUCCCGGAAGUGCCGGGGCCCCCACGCGCAGCGGACCCGGAGCCUACGAGCCGUGGGUCAUGUGGCUGGAGGUGGGGGGUCUGCUGCGGGGCACCAGUGGACAGCUGGGCCGGACUGUUGUUCUGCCUUGGGGAACCCUGGGACCCCGGCCCCAACUGAGGGGACCAUGUGGGAGUUCCUGGGUCCACAGGGUUCAUCAGGAUAGGCCUAGCCGAGGCCUGGGUGAGGAGGACAUUCGUAGGGCUCGGGAAGCCCGGAUCACAAAGACACCCCGACCCCAGCUGAGUGACCGCUCUCGAGAACGCAAGGUGCCCUCAUCCCGUGUCAGCCGCUUGGCCAACUUCGGGGGACUGGCCAUGGGCCUGGGCCUGGGAGCACUGGCCGAGCUGGCCAAGAAGUCGCUGCCAGGAGGAACUGCGAAACCAGGGUCCAGCCUUUUCCUGUCGGAGGCCAAUGCCGAGCGGAUCGUGCAGACCUUAUGUACAGUUCGGGGAGCGGCUCUGAAAGUCGGCCAGAUGCUCAGCAUCCAGGACAACAACCUUAUGAGCCCCCAACUGAAGCGCAUCUUCGAACGUGUCCGCCAGAGCGCUGACUUCAUGCCCCGAUGGCAGAUGAUGAGAGUUCUUGAAGAGGAGCUGGGCCAGGACUGGCAGACCAAGGUGGCCUCCUUGGAGGAGGUGCCCUUUGCCGCUGCCUCCAUUGGGCAGGUGCACCAGGGCGUGCUGAAGGAUGGGACAGAGGUGGCAGUGAAGAUUCAGUACCCGGGUGUGGCCCAGAGUAUCCAGAGUGACGUCCAAAACCUGCUGGCUGUGCUGAAGAUGAGCGUGGCCCUGCCAGAGGGCCUGUUUGCCGAGCAGAGCCUGCAGGCCCUGCAGCAGGAGUUGGCCUGGGAGUGCGACUACCAGCGCGAGGCAGCCUGCGCCGGGAACUUCAGGCAGCUGCUGGCCGAUGACCCCUUCUUCCGGGUGCCAGCUGUGAUUAAGGAGCUGAGUACAACACGGGUGCUGGGCAUGGAGCUGGCAGGAGGGAUCCCCCUGGAUCAGUGCCAGGGCCUGAGCCAGGAUAUCCGGGAUGAGAUAUGCUUCCAGCUCCUGAGGCUGUGCCUGCGGGAGUUGUUUGAGUUCCGCUUCAUGCAGACCGACCCCAACUGGGCCAACUUCCUGUACGACGCCUCCAACCACCAGGUGACCCUGCUGGACUUCGGUGCAAGCCGGGAGUUCGGGACGGAAUUCACAGACCACUACAUCGAGGUGGUGAUGGCUGCAGCUAAUGGAGACAGAGACCGAGUCCUGCAGAAGUCCCGGGACCUCAAAUUCCUCACAGGCUACGAGACCAAGGCCUUCUCUGACGCCCACGUGGAGGCUGUGAUGAUCCUGGGGGAGCCCUUUGCCACCCAGGAGCCCUAUGACUUCGGGGCAGGCGGCACUGCCCACCGGGUGCAGGGUCUUAUCCCUGUCCUGCUGCGGCACCGCCUCCGCCCGCCCCCAGAGGAGACCUACGCGCUGCACCGGAAGCUGGCGGGGGCCUUCCUGGCCUGCGCCCACCUCCGGGCCCGCAUCGCCUGCAGGGACCUCUUCCUGGACACCUACCGCCGCUACUGGGCCCAGCGCCAGGCCUGAGAGCCAAGGCCCUCUGCCUCCCAGGGGCCCUCGACAGAACUCAGCCUUCCCACCCUGGGAAGGCUCUGGGAUUGAGGACCGGCCCCACACCCCAGCCUUCGGAGGAUUGCCUAGCUCUCUCUCAGGGGCUUCACCCCUCCAUCCUGCUCAGCGCAGGCCAAGGUGGUAUCAGGGAACCAGUCCGCAUCGAGGGAGCCGGCUGUCACAGAGACUCAGACUCAGAGAGAGGGAAAGCCUCCACCCCCACCUCUGGUCUCCCAGGAGGGAGUCCCCUCUGCGCAAGGAGGAGGCAGGCUUGGCGCUGGGCAGAGGCCGCCGUACCACUUCAGACCCCUCCAGCAGCUGCCUGCUCUCCGCUCCAUCCUCUCUGUCACCAGGGUGGGUGGCCCUGGGCAUUGACCCUUCA